UCUGAGUUGAAUCAUUCCGCCUUCUCUCUUCACAUUAACCAAAGUCAAUUUUUUAUUCCUCUCAAAAUCCAUCUAUUUGGCUAGUUUGCAAUUGCAAGGGAGAAUCCAUCCAGAUUUCAAUUGAGACUUGGGGUUACAGGAAGGGUUUUUGAUGGUUCAGCUGAUGGGAUCGCUGCAUUCAGAGAAUUUCCAAGAUUCCGCCGAAGAAGAGUAUGGCUCUCUCCCGAAGCGCGCUCGUCUGGGAUCCGCCACUCCUUCUAAUCAGCAGUUGAGCACUGUGUCGAAUGGGCCUCCUUCACAGUACAAUCCACUUGAUGAGCCGAGUCCUUUGGGUUUGCGCCUAAGAAAAAGUCCGUCAUUGCUGGAUUUAAUCCAGAUGACGCUCUCCAAAAGAAGCAGCAGCUCUAUCUUGGAGAAUACUACUGAGAUGACUGACCAUGGAAGCAAGAAAGAUACGAGGCCGAGUGCUGCAUCAAAUGCUAGUGACAAGAUGAAGGCUUCCAAUUUUCCAGCCAUGUUAUUGAGAAUUGGCAGCUGGGAGUAUGUUUCAAAAUAUGAAGGCGAUCUGGUGGCAAAGUGUUAUUUUGCAAAGCAUAAGCUUGUGUGGGAAGUUCUUGAUGGAGGUCUCAAGAGUAAAAUUGAGAUUCAGUGGUCUGAAAUAACUGCUCUGAAGGCUGAAUUUCCUGAUGAUGGUCCCGGAACUUUAACCAUUGUGCUAGCUCGGCCACCUACUUUUUUUCGUGAAACCAAUCCACAACCCAGAAAACAUACUCUAUGGCAGGCAACCACUGACUUCACUGACGGGCAGGCUAGCAAAAACAAGAAACAUUUUUUACAAUGUCCUCCUGGCAUGCUAGAUAAGCACUAUGAAAAACUCAUUCAGUGUGACACACGUCUUGGUGUCUUGAGCCAACAACCUGAAAUAAUUCUGGAGGACCCUUACUUCAAGUCACAAGCUUCUGUAUUUGAAAAUUCAGAAGAAUCUUCAGGGGAUGGGGGAAAUCAGCAGCCACAUGCUGCCAAGGGAUCACCCAUCUCUACUUUCCAGGAAGUGGCUUCCUCGGCUGGUCCACAGUUACGGGCUCCCGAAUUCAGAAAGAAUCCCCUGACAGUGCAACAUGUGGCUAAAGAAGCAGCAUCACCAAGCUCAGUUAUUGAUACACAAGCAAUUGAAGGGAGUAGGAAGAGUAUUGAGCAUGAUUCUGGAGGAUCAAAAAGUCGGGAAUCGUUGAAGGUAGCAGGCCUACGCCCCUCCAUGUCAGUGACCGAUCUUGUGAACCACAUUGGAAACUGUAUUUCGGAGCAAGUGACUUCUGGAAGCUUACCCUCAGCCAAGGCAUCUGAAUGCCAUGAAAUGCUCGAGAACAUUUCCCAACUUUUGCUCAGUGAUAGUACUCACUGUCUGGCGGGGUUGGACGAGAGAUCUCUAAUGAAGAAGGUAGAUUCUCUGUGCAGCCUGCUGCAGGAUCCUGCCAUAUCUUCCAGUGCUCUUGUUGAUGGCGAAAACCGUAACCAAGUUACUGAUCCUGCGAAAAAUGUCUACUUUGACCUUGCAAAUGAUGCUGUUCAUUCUACACAUGAGAAGACCGAGCAAGCUAUGGAAGUAGGUUCUGCAGACGGGCCUUGGCUACCUAGAAAAGACUCGCUUAGCGACUUGCUUCUUCAUCUUCCGCGUAUUGCUUCUCUUCCAAGGUUCUCUAACUUGUUAUAUGGAAUUGCAGAAGGUGAAGAAUAUCAAUCUCCGUGAUGAUUCUUCACUUAUUUUGUUUCUGUAAUGGGAAAUCUUGGUUAAGGUUUAUUGCAAGGAUUCUGGAAUCAGGUUCGUGAAGAAUCCCCUACAUAUUAGCUCAAGAAUAGGUCCUUUUUUCUAUUUUGAUUACGCACUUUCUUAGUUAUGUAAAUGGAUGAUAAUUGACACAAUUUAUUGCUUCUUGCUCAAAUCUUCACUAUGUUGAGAAAAAUUUAUUAAA